CUCACUCUCAUCGCGCGCAGUCUAAAGACUACUCUUCAGCGCCCGGAUCUUGCGCAUAUCUCUCCGCCAACGCGCUGGCAAUCCAGGCGCUCCCCAGCCCGUGCCAGCACUCCCCAGCCCACCUCCGACCCAAUUUCUUGCUAGGCCCUGCAAGGACCCUCCGUCACCAUGGCCGGGUCACAGCAGCAGCAGAUUAUUGACACUAUUUUCAGCAUGAAGAGACGAAUACUAAAGAGAGAUGACUCUUCCGACUCAGACGAGGGCGACACACCCUACAACCAUCGCAUGCAGAGCCUGAAGCGUAAGGCCCAGUACCCUCGUUCCGGGAAGCAAGAAUCCGCAUCAGACCCUCCUCCGUACAAGAAGCGCAUCGAGCACGCCGGCUAUUAUAGAUACAUCCUUCAGUGCAACCCUCCGCGAUUCGACCCUGACGGCGACGUCGUUGAGCCUGGUGACGAAUAUGAAGACGAGGACGAUCUCUCGACUGUGGAGGAGAACCCAUACGCGGAAAUACAUCUAGAAAAUCUGCUCGCGCCACUCACCUCGGCGGCCGAACUGCCUUCCCACCCUGCGUUAAGCAUCCCAUACACCUCAAAACAUCUUACAAAUUUGACGAGUGAAGCGGGCACUAUGGCACGCAAGGAGCGCAUAUCUCUCUGGCGCGCGAAAAAUCUGUUCACCAAGCUUCAAGGCGACGUCUCAUGGGUACCGGGUGGGUUUUCUGACAUGGGCAGUGGUGAACAUUCUCAGCCACCGAGGGAAAGUCUUGUGAACGGACGUGCAAAUGGAGUCCGAGUCCAGAGCCCUGUUCAUUUAUCUCCUCGGCGAGGACCAGAUCCCGAUUACAUGGACGACACUCAGACGGAAGUGAUAUCAAAUACCACUCAGGAUGUCCCAAUGGAGGACAUAGGCCAGCCGAAUAGCACGACCCAAAGAGUCGGCGAAGCUGGCCAUGAUCCGAAGAGCAAUGGCGCAGGAAUAGACAUCUCUACUGCUCGGAAUGGCGUCCCAGCACCCGCCACCAAUGGGGAGGCCAAGCAUCACACAGCAGACCAAAACGGACAGCAUGUCAACGGCGAACGACCACUUUCGCCAGCAGACGACGGCUCUGACACAGCAUCGCAACAAACCGCCCAUCGCAUGACAACGCGCGCACGAGCACAAGCCGCAUCUCCCUCCCCUCCUUCAACCCCCUCCAGCGUCGUGAAUCCUAUCCACCCGCUCUUCACUUUCCCUGCCGACUCCCUCCCUGACCGCGACUUUGGCUUGCCUCCAGCUGAAGCCGAAGACACCCGCAUGCUUCUCCUUGCCUUCGUCCAAAAGCAAGAAGAGAUUUCAAGGGCGGCUACAGAACUCUACACUGGUAUGAUGGAAGGCGAGCGCAUGCGACAGGACGUGCUCAAAUGGUCGAAAGCAGAGGGACAUGUUGGUGAGAUGAGCGAUGGCGAGGAUUGGUACGACAGAGAGGAGUGGGGCCUGGACCAGGAUCUAGUCAAAGGAAGGGAUGAAGAAGAAGACGAGACUGCGGUCCAGGGGAAGAAGAGUACGAGGCAGAGGAGGAAACCUGACAAAGAUGAUCGGUAAACUGGGUUCCUCUAUACUUCUUAUAUGUUCUGCUUUUAAGCCUUUGGUUGGGGAUUAGCAGGGAUACCAAGAUACCGAGAUACCAUAUAUUUCACCUUCAUCAGGCUUUGAGAAUCCAGCAACCUUCUUAGUGAUCAUUGUAGGGCUGGGGCUUGCUGAAUUGACUCCUGAAAUGUUUGAUACAUGUACAGUACACUUACAAAAUCCUUAUUCUCC